ACACUACAUAGACACAACAUUACGUGUAAGUGUAUAUAAUAUUUCAAUUCAGGAUUUGUUCAUUGAAAACAAAGCAAGAGAAAAAUAUGAGUGCACUCUUCCAACAUAAAGAGCGGGCUUUGGAUUAGUUUUAUCAAGUGCUUGAGUAUAAUAGUACAUUUACGUUUAUUGAUAAUUCUUAAAAUAAAAAUUAAGUUAAAUAUUGGUAGUAAUAAAUUGGUGUUAAAAUCAUGGCAGAUAAAUCUGAACAAAAAUCCGAAUCGGAACAUAUAAACCUAAGAGUUUUGGGUCAAGAUAGUCAUGUAGUUCAAUUUAAAAUAAAGAAACAUACACCUUUACGAAAGCUUAUGAAUGCCUAUUGUGAACGUGCGGGUUUAGCGAUGGCAUUAGUGAGAUUUAGAUUUGAUGGUGCUCCUAUUAAUGAAACUGAUACACCUUUGAGUUUAGACAUGGAAGAAAUGGAUACUAUUGAAGUUUAUCAACAACAAACUGGGGGCAGUUGCUGAAAACAAUAGUUGACAUAAUUUAAUGAAACCUUUUAUUUUAAUAAUCUCCGUUAUUGAUGAAUGUUUUCGAAAUUUUAACAAAAAA